AUGAGGGCCUCUUUCGCCUGGAAGACGCCGUUAGAGGCGCCGGUGGGAGAGAAGACCAAUCAUCCAGCCGAGCCUGACAAGGAAGCCGGCGUUAUCAGCUCGGACCCUCACAACAAGUCCCAAGAUGGUCAGUCUGACACAGAUAUCGAUGCCAUUGAUACAACAGCCCAAAGGGGCGUCCAGAAAAUCGAGGCGACGACCAAGUACUGGUCUCAAUCGAAUCUCGUCCUUGCUUACAUCUUCAUAUGGAUCAUCACCUUCGUCGAUGCGAUGCAACAGGGCACGACGGGGUUACUGACCCCGUAUGUUACUAGCGGCUUUUCCCAGCACUCCUUGACAGCCGCGGCCGGCGUCUUUUCCAGCUUGAUCGGUGGUGUCACCAAGCUUCCGCUCGCGAAACUCAUCGAUAUCUGGGGCCGACCCCACGGUUACAUCCUGAUGGUGGUUAUACUGACCGUUGGACUCGUUAUGAUGGCUGCGUGCCAAAACGUUGAGACGUACGCGGCUGCUCAGGUUUUCUACUGGGUUGGGUAUAACGGCCUGAGCUACAUUAUGGGAAUUUUCGUCGCCGACACCUCUUCGCUGAGGAACCGAUCAUUCAUGUUCGCAUUCCAGUCGUCUCCAUAUAUCAUCACCGUGUGGAUCACCGGCCCUUUCUUCAAUGCCAUCGUCAAACCGGGUGGCAUGGGAUUCCGAUGGGGAUUCGGUAUAUUCGCCAUCAUCAUGCCCGUAGUAUGUCUGCCGUUAUGGGUCCUCUUCAUGUACAACCAACGUCAGGCGGUCAAGUCCGGCAUGCUGCCCAAGAAGUCAAGUGGACGUACGACCUGGGAGUCCAUCAAGUAUUAUUUCAUACAGUUUGAUGCCGUCGGCGUUCUCUGUCUCUGUGCCGGCUUCUCGCUGUUCCUCCUGCCUUUCAACAUCUACUCAUAUCAGUACUAUGGGUGGAAGGACAAGAUGACAAUCGGUCCACUCGUCGGCGGCUUUGUCCUGCUUUGCCUUUUCGUCGUCUGGGAAACGUGGUAUUCUCCUGUCAACUACAUGCCUUGGGAACUUUUGAAGGACCGGACAGUGCUCGGAGCCAACGUCCUGGCUUGCGUCCUGUUCAUCAGCUUCUACAUCUGGGACAGCUACUUCUCGUCGUUCCUACAGAUCGUACCUAACUUGAGCCCUACCUACACCGCUUACGUUGUCAACAUCUACAGCAUUGGCUCCUGUUUCUGGUCCCUCCUGAUCGGUGUCUAUAUCCACUACCGAGGGAGGUUCAAGAACCUUGCUCUCUACUUUGGCAUUCCCCUGACCAUACUAGGAGUAGGUCUGAUGAUUGCCUUCCGCCAGCCUCACGUCAACGUCGGGUACAUUGUCAUGUGCCAGAUCUUUAUUGCCUUUGCCGGAGGAACUCUGGUGAUUUGCGAGCAAAUGGCCGUUAUGGCCGCCACGAGCCAUCAGUAUGUCGCCGUCGUCCUCGCCAUGGAGGGCAUGUUCUCGAGCAUCGGUGGUGCCAUUGGCCAAUCCGUCGCAGGAGCGACUUGGACUAGUGUCUUCCCUGCCGCGCUUGCCAAGUACCUCCCAGAGGAAGAGCAGGGCAACCUCACCACUAUAUACGGCGAUCUCACCGUACAGCUCAGCUACCCCGUGGGUUCAGCGACGAGGGAUGCCAUCAACGCGGCCUACGGGGAUGCGCAGAAGUGGAUGUUGGUCGGCGGAACGGCCAUCUUGGUUCUCGCCAUUCCCGCGGUGAUGGUUUGGAGGAACAUCAACGUCAUCGAGUUCAAGCAGGUCAAGGGUCGGGUCUUCUAG